CCUCUUAACACUGGCUGGUAUAGGCACUGGCGGGUGGUGGCAUUUGGAUUAUCCUAAUCCUCCCACGAGGACAAGAGAAGCCACUGCCAGUGCCUCCAUGGCUACUUAAAGCCCCCCCCCUUCAGUUCUUCUUCCUCGGUGCAUUUGCAAGCGUUAGGAAAGGGAGAAGAGAAAGGAAUUAAUGGAACGUGAAGAGGAGCUGCCUUCAUCUUCUUCUUCCUUGGGUUACAUGAUGCAGUGCAGGGUCUGCCAUGAGGAAGAGGAUCAAGGGCGUGCGACCAUGGAGUCUCCUUGUGGAUGCUCCGGCUCUCUCAAGUACGCUCACAGGGGAUGUGUGCAGAGAUGGUGUGACGAGAAGGGGAGCACCCUCUGUGAGAUCUGCCUUCAGAAUUUCAAGCCAGGCUACACAAUGCCUCCCAAGAAAACCCCGGUGGUUGAAACGGCGGUCACUAUCAGGGUGCACUGCUUCGAAUGUCUUGUCCCUACAGCAAAAUGUGAACACGAGGACAUGCAACAUUUGGAACCUCCGGAGGGCUUGGUUGACGGUGCAGAUUACACCAGGUGCUCCUACGCCGCAGAUCAAUGCGCCACAUGGUGCCGGUCGCUGGCGAUCACGUUCACCAUUGUGACGCUCGCAUGGCAUCUGGUUGCAGUGGCGACGGCUGAAGCAGCAGAGCACUGCGCGUUCAGUCUCCUCACAAUGUACUUACUUCGUGCUGCUGGUAUCCUGCUGCCGCUCUACCUUGUCAUGCGAAUGAUUGGCGUCGUCCAAAGUGGGCAGAGGCAGUACCGGUUGCAGCUGCUGGAGGUUAGUCCUGACUCCUGUUCCCUGGUUUCUUGGGGGCGCAGACUGUAGUCGAAUCAAAACAUGCUGAGUUUUCUCAUCUCCUUUUCUUUCUCUGUUUCUACAGGAACAAAGAAGAAAUGCAUCAACUAUAUGAAUUAUAUGCGUGUCCAGGAAGAGGACCAGCUAGUAAUUAAUAUUCAUUAGCCAAUUCAUUUAAAUAAAUCUUAUGGAAGGUUGUAUUAAUGGGAAAACUUUCAAACAGAACAUCAUUUGUAAACUUUCAGUAUACAUACAGUUGGUGCAGUGAAACAGCAGCAUUUUAUCCCUGCUUUUCGCAAUGGCGUUCAGAUUCUGGGUUGCAUGAAAAAAAAUAUCCCUUGCUAUGUAGGUGCUGCAGGGAAUGUUCAAACAGAACAUUAUCGCAUAUCUUCAAUAAGAAUGUAAAGUUACACUUA